CCAAGAUGGCGGCGAAUGAGGAGCGUGACACGCCCCGCUUCCUCAGCCCGCGGCGGCCGGGCGGCCGUGGGCUUGCACAGCUUUCCUCACACGCUUCAUUACGGUUUCCCUGUUCGUCCUCCCAUCCCUUCCUCCACCCGCUCCCCCGAGUCAUCACUUCUUUGCCACCUGCGGAGCAGCUCCAGCUCUAAACCAGGAGGAAGAUCUGAACCUGCUAAGCAGCCCCUUAAGAAACCAAAGUUACCAGUAGGUCGGUUUGAUGAAACAGAAGAGUCCAGUAUAGAGAAGGAGCCCCUGGAAAAAUUCCCUGAUGGAAUCAAUCCUACUACAAAAGAGAGGGGUGGACCUAGAGGCCCUGAACCUACACGAUUUGGAGACUGGGAGAGAAAAGGACGUUGUAUAGAUUUCUAAUAUUUAAAUGUCUGUAUUGCUAAUAAAAUAUUUCUGGUUGCUGAAAAAUAUAAUGUACAGAAAAAAUCUCACCUGGAUUUGUCAUUGAGCUUAUUGUUUCUGUCGUGCCACCACAUUCUGUCAUGUGAUGAAUUUUCUGAAUAACACAAUGUGAUUAAACACAAUGCUGCAGCUCAGAUUAUGGAGCUGUUAGUGGCUCA